GGUGAAUCAGCUGAGUUUCUGCCGGGUGCCAGCAUUGGUUGGCGCCUAUAAUGGCCAAAAUUCCUCGCGCGUCUAAACGUUGUCCAGAUAUGCUGUCUAGGUAGGCAGUUCACUAGGUUCUAACUUCUGAAACAGCCUAUGAGAGUUCAAGAGGACCUGUUGCGCUGUAGUUUCUUGAGUGAUGGGAAUACCCCUCACUCUUCCGUUAGUUAUGCGUAAGUACGAUGAGCAGACUGUCAAGCGGCUCCGACAAUGCGCAAGUGCUCAGCUGCAUUUUACUUCACUCUGGGUUUCAUAUCUCUCUGUACAACCGAAGCGUCAACAGCAUCCUGUGACUGCCAAAACGUGAACUUAUUGAAAGAUAAAUGUAACAACACAGAAGGAGUCUAUGAUUUGACAUGCUUCAUGAAACAUACUAAAUCUGAUGGUGUGUACAUCUGUGAAUGGAAAAAUGAAGGAAACAUAUCAACACUCUAUGCACUACAGAGGAAAUGCAGAUGUGUAACUGUACAUAAGAAGAAUGCAAAUGCAUGGAUUUCCGAUACCUUUGAUGUGAUAGGUGGGAAAUUAAUAGCUCACGUAAUUGCAAACACUGAAGAUCAGAGCAGGUGCAGCUACAAAUACUUCAGUGGAAAUUCAUCACAGUUGACAAGGUGUGGUCCUCCUUCAAAACAGAACGUAACUUUUAAAAGAAGCUCAGGCCAUUUGUCUGUUGAAGUGGACUGGGGAGAUGAAAGAACAUAUAUUGAAAAAUUCUUUGUAAAAUAUAGAGAAUUCAGCGCUACAAUGUGGAAAGAGCAAGUGUCUAAAAACAACAGAGAAUUUAUUAUAUGGAAUUUGACUUCUCUGUCCUACGAGUUGCAAAUACAUUGUGUUCACAAUGCAAACUGUGCACAGUGUCCUCUCAGUGAGGUCAUCGUGGUCCCACAGGAGCUCACAGAUGCACCAUCAAUCAAAUGGGAAAUUCAAGACGAUAUACAAAAGCAUUUAAUAUCUGCAGGACAGAGAAAAGUGGUCGUGAUGUGGGAGUAUGCAAACAGUGAGGCUGUGGCUGACUACAAUGUGACAGUAAGGAAAGUAUCCGGGGAACCCAUUAAUCAGAACAGUUUCAACAUUAAAGAUACAUCUCUCAACCUGAUCCUGUCUUACUCCGCAUACAGCAUCAGUGUCAGGGCUUUAAACAGUGCUGGAUCGUCUCCCAUUUCCAGCAUAGCCAUUGAGAAAAUGGAUGAGUGGAGAGAUUCAUUUGGACUGCUCAGUGUUAACAUAACCAGAAACAACAGUUUCAGUCUCUCCUGGAGCAGCUCUGUCUCUAGCGUGUGUUAUUCUGUGGAGUGGUGGGCCAAAGGACAGAUACCAGCUUUCCGACCAUUCUAUGAGAAGCGGGCGCACAGAGAAAUAACUGACAUAACUGAGAGCAUUUUUCAGCCCUAUACGAGAUAUUAUUUCUUCCUGCACACCAGACCAGACGCGGACACCUGCAACAUGAAGAAUGUGAACAACAGUGAGAUGACAUAUGGCACAGCCCAAGCUUAUUUGAGUGAAGGAAGUCCUAUUAGUGCUCCUGGGAAUGUGAGCAUUUUGAAUAUUACCCAGCAUUCCUCAGUGAUCACGUGGAGUCCUGUGUCUGAGGAAGACUUGCGAGGAUUCUUAUUAGGCUACUACAUCUACUACACAGAGGACAAUAAUGAAAUACCCUUGGAAGUGGAUCCCAGCAUAAACAGAUUUGAGCUGCUGAAUCUUGAAAGCAACAGAGCGUACCGCGUGCAGCUGUCUGCAUUUACAGCAGCUGGAGAAGGACAGCGCAGUGAUUUCAAACACUUUGAAACAAACCCGCCGGAAUUUAUGGCUUUGAGCAGCAUUAUAGCUGCGGUGAUUGUGGGAAUAAUCAUUCUUUUACUAGCGGUUCACCUUAGCUGUCGGCUUCUGCACAGAGCCAAGAAACUGAUGUGGCCCAGCAUACCAAAUCCUGAGAACAGCAAUGCUGUUCAGAAAAUUGAAAUUGCCUAUGAAUUGGGUAUCCUGGAGCCACUGAACAGACAGAGGUUAGAGGAGAGUGAGGGAUGUGAUUCCAGUACAGUGUGUGUUGUUGAGAGCAAAAGGGAGGCGACUCCUCUCAGCAGUCCUCCCUUUUCUCAGACUAGUGUUAAGCCCACCAUCCUCCUCCUCAGUGAAGAUGAGGACAUCCUAGACGAGAUCGCACCCCUAGACACCCCAACACAAUUCCCCACCAGAGAGUCUGUUUCGACAGAGACCUUUCCUAUGGACUUCAUUAAGACAGACUUAACUCUGAGCACUUCUGUUGACAAUGACGUCACAAGCUUAGAAAGCAAAGAACCUAGACUGACCAUCUCCAACAUGACACGAUCGGACUUCAUCCCAGCAUCCCAACCUGCUGUUGUUUUCAUGAGUGAUUACACCACCAUGGAGAUCUUCCAGCAGGUCACUAUGACUGGGAUUCAGAGUCCAUCCAUCCAAAGAGUGAAUCAGGAAUUUGUUCCUGUACAUCCAGAGAAGGAUUAUAUUCGGCAGUCCUGUUUUGCAAGAAAUAGACAGUCUAAUAACCCAUCAGGGGCAUGUAAUGGUGCUGGAGUUUUGAACCCAGAAGUCACAGUGCUCUGAAAUGCUUUUAUCCAGUGAUUUACAGAACAGUUACAAAGACAAUCACUCUUCUUGCAACCCGAGUUGUGAAGCUGCGUUUAAGGGUACAACAUUCAUUGUCCUGCUCCUGACUUUAGCCACUACUCAACGCCUCCAAUAAAAGAUGGAAUUUGUCACUUUUAAUGGCAGUGGAUUGGACCCAAGGCUUUUAAUUCUGAAACACCAGUGUUCAUGACAGACACUCCUACAUCAAUGACACAGCCCUAGCUGUACCUUAAAAGGGCUGUUCCAUCUAAGGCUAGAUUCACACUGUCAGUCCAAAUCCAUUUAUUUGUGUAUCCAAUUGGAAUCUGAUCUAAAUGAUUGACUGUCCACACUGUGUAUUGCAACUGUUCAGAUCCUAUUUGCAGUGCUGGGUAGUAACUGAUAAUUUGUAAUCUGGAUUACAUAAUCAGAUUCCAAAAAUUAAAUACUUGUAAUUAGAUUAUAUUACUUUUACUAUAUUACUACAGUUACUUUUUAUUGAUUACAUAAUAUUUACAAAAUGUCAAUAAAUUAUUCAUAAUUAUACUUAUAUUUAUCGAUUCUCCCAUUUUUUUUUAUCUUUUAAAGGGUUAGUUCACUCAAAAAUGAAAUUUCUGUCAUUAAUUAAUCACCCCCAUGUCAUUCCACACCCGUAAGACCUCCG